CCCAGCAGCUUCCUGGCCCUCUGCGACUUCCCCUCUGGCAUGGGGGCGACCACCGUCCUGAGGAUGGGGGAGCAGCUCCGCGUCCUCUCCAUGGACGGGGAGUGGUGGCUGGUGGCAUCUGAGGUGUCUGGCAAGGAAUGCUAUGUCCCCAGCAGCUGUGUGGCCAAGGUCAGGCACAGGUGGCUGUACGAGGGCGUCAGCUGGCAGAAGGCGGAGGAGCUCCUGCUCGGUCCAGGCAACCACAGCGGGUCCUUCCUGAUACGGGAGAGCCAGACCAGGCGAGGUGAGAGCCCUCAGGCCCUGUCUCCUCGUGCCUCCUGGGACUCGGUGACCCACUACCGCAUCCACCGCCUGGAGAACGGCUGGCUCUACAUCUCGCCCGGGCUCACCUUCCCCAGCCUGCAUGACCUGGUGGACCACUACUCUGAGUUCGGAGAGGGGCUGUGCUGCCCCCUCAGGGAGCCCUGCUCCAUGGAAGGGGUGAAGGUGGCCUCGGUUCCUGCCAUGCCUGCUGUUGUGAAGAAGCCAUCACUCAACUGGGACAAGAUCGACAGCUCCCUCCUGUUCUCGGAGGCCAUGUCCCCAGCGGAAGAGGACUCUCCCAUCAGCCUGGGCCUGCGGGAAGCCAUGAGCUCCUACCUUCUCCUGACAGAGACAGCCACCCCUGAGCAGGGCCCUGCAGGGAAGGGGGCGAAGGACAGCUGA